AUGGCAGUCGAUGUCGUUGUUGUCGGUUCUUGUAUGACGGAUUUAAUUAGUUACGUUCCACGAUUGCCUAAGCCUGGCGAGACUCUUCACGGGAAUGCAUUCAAAAUGGGAUUUGGUGGCAAGGGGGCCAACCAAUGUGUGGCAGCUGCAAAGCUUGGAGCAUCAGUGGCCAUGGUGGGAAAAGUUGGAGAUGACGUCUUUGGUCACAAUUACAUGAAGAACUUUGAACAGCAUCAAGUUAACUGCGAUAACAUGCAUAUGUCUUCUACCAGCUCAACUGGAAUGGCUUCUAUUUCUGUUGCUGAAGAUGGUGCAAAUUCUAUAGUAAUUGUAGCUGGGGCUAACCUAGAAUUGACUGAAGAUGAUAUUAUGAAAGCUGAACCAAUUAUUUCCAACUGCAAAGUGUUGAUAUGUCAACUGGAAAUAAACCAGCAAGUCACACUGGCUGCAUUGAAAUUAGCAAAAAAGCAUGGGGUGUUCACCAUUUUAAAUCCUGCACCAGCGCCAUCUACAUUCAACACUGAACUUUUGAAAUAUACUGAUAUUGUCUGUCCAAAUGAAACAGAAUCAGAGAUAAUCACCAGCCAUCCUAUCACAAACAUCGAUGAUGCCAUAGAAUCCUUGCAUCACUUCUUUGAGUUAGGCUGUUUGGGCACUGUCAUCAUCACUCUGGGUGCUAAGGGAUGUGUUUUCAGGUGCAAGUCUGAAGAGAAUCAUUUACAUGUUGGCUGUACUCAAGUUUCUGCCACUGACACCACAGGUGCGGGAGAUGCUUUUGUUGGCACCUUAGCCUACUGUCUGACUCGAGGUAUUCCAUUAACAGUUGAACAUCUUUCUAUACUCGUGAGGAUUUCUUGUGAUGUGGCCACAGUAAGUGUGCAAAAGAAGGGAACUCAGGACAGUUAUCCAUGCUUUGAUGAACUUUCUUUAGACAUCCAAGAAAAUUUCAAACUUCUUUAG